AUGUCAGAAUCACAAAAUGCCGCAUCAAACACUCAAUCAAUGUCUAUCAGACUUGGAAUGUCAGGGGAUUCAACCCAAACCAACCUUGGAGGACCGUCUAUUUUGGAACAAGACUUGGUUCAGAAAUGUAUCAGUAUCGUCAAAGACUACAAACACACCCUCAUCUCAAAAGAAGAAGCCAUUAUCACUAUCACAAAGACUAUUGCUGCAACAACCGAUGAAGCCUCAAAUCAAGCAGAGUCUUAUAUCACGUCUCCAUAUUUUGAGAUGCUCGAGCAAUGGAUAGAGACUCCAACCCUCCUAGAGAGGAUGAAGAUCAAUGAGAGCAGAGCAUUGAACAAGGUGAACCUGUUCAAAAAUGGUACAAACUUGACCUUGCCUGCCUUGGACAAGCCGAGAAAUUAUUCAGAGGAGACCCAAAAGAAGUACGGCGCCAACUCAUCUGGAUGGGCUGAAAUUGUUGCCAGGAAAUGCAUCAAUCUUGAUGCUGUACACUCCAUCAUCUCAUCCUCACAUACCAUUGACAAGUGCACCGAGACUAUCGGAGAUAUUGAGAUCAAAUUUUCUGGAACCUCAGCGUCCGAUGGCCGACACUUUGACGAAGAUAAGCAGUCAAAACCCGGUGCUCCAGCACAGGACAAAUCUGCUUUCAGUCAGUUGCACAAACCUGCCGCUAUGCACAUGUCUGCUCACAUGAGCAAGACAGCAAACUUUGCGCACGACAUCACAUGGAAGCGAGGCAUCUUGAGGAAUCCAAGUCCAAGUCCACAUGAAUCACCACUUAAAUGUCCUCAUCAUCGACGAGGACUUAUCUGGUCACCAGUAGAUGCUACUUUUAGUCCAACUGCUCAUUCCUCAGAAUAUGCUGAACCUGUCCCUUCACCUCCUUCGCAUGAAGCCUCUGAUAGUGAUGUGGCUUGA